AUGAAGAGCAAAUACUUAUGGCUGUUGAUUGCCCUGCUGUGUUACAGUAUCCAUGCUGAGAGUGUCUUCCAACCCACGCUGGUGUUGGAUGUUGCUAAACUUCUGCUGGAUAAUUACUGCUUUCCUGAAAACCUGGUGGGGAUGCGUGAAGCCAUUGAACAAGCCAUCAAGAAUGGGGAGAUCUUGGACAUUGCAGAUCCAAAACUUCUGGCAACUGUUCUGACAGCUGGGGUGCAAGGAGCUCUUAAUGACCCACGGCUGGAAAUCUCUUAUGAGCCUUCAGCUCCUGUUGCCCCUCGACAAGAAACAGAGUCUUCUCCGACACCAGAGCAGCUCUUAAAUCUCAUUCAACAUGCAGUGAAGUUUGAAGUGCUAGAUGAUAAUAUAGGCUACCUAAGGAUUGACUACAUAAUCGGAAAGGACGAUGUGGAGCAAGUAGGUGCUUUUCUGGUGGAAAAAAUAUGGAAGACCUUGAGGGGGACAUCAGCUCUGAUACUAGACCUGCGUUACGCCACUGGCGGCCAGGUUUCCGGCAUUCCUUUCAUUGUCUCCUACUUAUACAACGAGGACAAAGUUCUGCAUGUGGAUACUGUCUACAACCGGCCUUCCAAUACCACUGUGGAAAUCUGGACCUUGCCGAAGGUAUUGGGUGAGAGGUAUAGCAAAGAGAAAGAUGUAAUUUUGCUGACAAGUAAACAUACCACUGGGGUGGCUGAAGAUUUGGCCUACAUUCUCAAGCAAAUGCAUCGGGCCAUAAUAGUCGGGGAGCGAACAGCAGGAAGCUCGCUGGACAUCCAGAAGUUGCAGAUCGGUACUUCCCAGUUCUAUAUGACCGUUCCUGUAUCCCGUUCUGUGAGCCCCUUGAGCAGCAGUGGGCAAAGCUGGGAAGUCAACGGGGUGCCGCCAUGUGUAGCCACCUCAGCAGAACAAGCUCUGGCCAAAGCCCUUGCCAUUAUAUCGCUUCGCAAAGCUGUUCCCAGCAGUGUGAGCCAGUUGAUGGAUAUCUUGAAAAACAGCUACUCCAUGGUAGAGCGAGUGCCCACACUGCUGCAGCACCUCUCCACUUUUGACUAUGCUUCUAUUCUAUCCGUACAGGAUCUGGCUUCCAAGCUCAAUGCUGAAUUGCAGACCAUUUCAGAGGACCCACAGCUCUUCUUACGGGUCCCCAGCAUAGGUGAGGCUGCAGCGACAUCAGCCGAGGAGCAGAUUGCCAUGGCAACUGACCUGCCUGACAAUGAACAGCUCAUGAGAGCCCUGGUAGCGACUGUGUUCAAGGUGUCAGUACUACCAGGCAACGUGGGUUACAUGCGCUUCGAUGAGUUUGCAAAUGCUACAGUGCUGGUCAAGCUAGGGCCAUACCUGCUACACCAAGUCUGGGAGCCCCUGCAAGCCACUGACAAUCUGAUUAUUGACCUGCGUUACAAUCCUGGCGGCCCAUCUUCAACUGCGGUGCCAGUCUUGCUGUCUUAUUUUCAAGACCCCUCCGCUGGCCGUGUGCACUUUUUCACCACCUAUGACAGGCGCACAAACCAGACUCAGGUUCACAACAGCAGAGCUGAAAUGCUAGGCAAGCCCUAUGGGGCACGGCGCGGCAUCUAUCUGCUCACCAGCCACCAAACAGCUACAGCAGCGGAAGAGUUUGCCUACCUUAUGCAGUCCCUUGGCCGCGCCACCCUGGUGGGUGAGAUUACUGCAGGCCGUUUGUCCCACACGCGCACCUUCUGCAUCUUGAAGUCAGUGGAAGGAGCAGAUUGUGGACUCCUUGUCAAUGUCCCCAUCAUCACUUUCAUUGACAACCAUGGGGAAUACUGGCUUGGCAGCGGAGUGGUGCCUGAUGCUAUCGUACUGGCAGAUGAGGCUUUGGAAAAGGCAGAAGAAGUGUUAGAGUUCCAUAAGCAUAUGCAAACCCUGAUUGAAGGAGUUGGACAACUGCUUGAGGCUCACUACGCCAUACCAGAAAUGGCCAAACGAGUCCGCAGUACACUCAACGCUAAGUUAGCACAAGGGGGUUAUCGUACAGCGGUGGACUUUGAGACCCUUGCCUCUCAGCUAACCAGUGACCUUCAGGAAGCUUCUGGAGAUCAUCAGCUGCACAUCUUCCACAGUUACACUGAACCUUCUCCAGAGGAACAGCCUCCCAACAAGACUCCCACUCCUGAGGAGCUGAGUUACAUAAUUGAGGCUCUCUUCAAGGUGGAUGUGCUGCCAGGCAAUGUGGGAUAUCUGCGCUUUGACAUGAUGGCUGAAGCAGACACAGUGAAGACCAUUGGGCCCCAACUACUUCACAUGGUUUGGGACAAGCUGGUGGAGACUGAUGCUAUGAUUGUCGACAUGCGCUACAAUACUGGCAGUUACUCCGAUGCCGUGCCCAUCUUCUGCUCGUACUUCUUUGAUGCCGAGCCCCAGAAGCACCUGUACACAAUCUUUGACCGCAGCAACUCUCACAGCACAGAGCUGUGGACUUCACCGCAAGUCGCUGGCAAACGUUACGGCUCGUCGAAGGAUGUUUAUAUCCUAAUCAGCCAUGUGAGUGGCUCAGCGGCUGAAGCAUUCACUCGUUCUUUGAAAGACCUGCAUCGUGCCACAGUAAUUGGGGAACCCACUGUAGGGGGUUCACUCUCUGCAGGAAUUUACCACUUGAGUAAUACCCCACUGUAUGCCUCCAUUCCCAGCCAAGUGGUACUCAGUCCGGUCACCGGCAAAGUAUGGAGCUUGUCUGGGGUAGAACCACAUGUCACCACCCAGGCAGCGGAAGCCAUGGCUUCAGCCCAGAAUAUUAUUGCCUUGCGUGCCAAGCUGCCCAGUGUCCUGCAAACGGUGGGCAAAUUUGUGGCUGAUAAUUAUGCCUUUGCUGAUGUUGGGGCUACAGUUGCAACCAAACUCGCUGGAUAUGCCCACAAAGACACUUACAGAAAGAUCACUUCUCAGAUGGAACUUGCUGAAAAAAUGACCGCCGACCUAAAGACUCUUUCCGAAGAUCGGCACCUGACAAUUUCCUAUAUUCCUAACCAUUCAAAGGAUCACAUUCCAGGGAUUGUGCCAAUGCAGAUUCCUUCUCCAGAAAUGUUUGAAGAUCUCAUUAAAUUUUCUUUCCACACCAAUGUGUUUGAGAACAACAUUGGCUACUUGAGAUUUGAUAUGUUUGGAGACUGUGAAUUGUUGUCCCAAGUCUCUGAGCUGCUUGUGGAACAUGUCUGGAAGAAGAUUGUUCAUACUGAUGCAUUAAUCGUAGAUAUGAGAUACAAUAUAGGCGGCCCUACAUCCGCUGUAGCUGCUCUGUGCUCCUACUUUUUUGAUGAAGGACAACACAUUCUUCUGGACAAAGUCUACAACAGGCCAAAUGAUACAAUCACUGACAUGUGGACUCAUUCUCAGCUUACAGGCAUGAGAUAUGGCUUCAAUAAGGGCCUAGUCAUUCUGACCAGCUCUGUGACUGCCGGUGCUGCUGAAGAAUUUGUGUCCAUCAUGAAGAGAUUGGGUAGAGCCUUCAUCAUUGGACAGAAGACCAGUGGGGGAUGCCACUCACCUCAGACCUACCACGUCGAUGGCACUAAUCUCUAUAUCACCAUCCCUGUCUCUAGAUCAGUCAUUUCUACUGAUGAUGCCUGGGAGGGUGUGGGAGUGAGUCCUCACAUGGCGGUUCCCAGUGAGGUGGCACUCAUCAAAGCAAAAGAAGUACUCCGUACACACCUCCACAGUUCCAGCUAG